AUGCGGCUUGCUCACGACUCCGCGCUGGCAGGACAUCUCAAGGCGAAGAAGACUACUGAACGGAUAAUGUCCCAGUUCUACUGGCCUGGAUUACAGUCGGACGUCAGACGGUACUGUGCGUCCUGUGACCCUUGUCAACGCACUACUCCUAAAGGAAAGGUCGGUAAAGUACCUUUAGUUAUGCCACCCCUGAUUGAUACAUGUUUCAGAAGAAUAGCAGUAGAUUUGGUAGGUCCCCUUCAACCUAUAACAGAUCGAGGCAAUCGCUACAUCCUAACGAUUGUUGAUUUAGCUACGCGAUAUCCUGAAGCUGUGGCGCUGCCGAGUAUUGAGGCAGAGAGGGUAGCUGAGGCUUUAAUGGAAGUCUUUUCUAGGUUAGGAAUUCCAAACGAAAUUCUUUCUGAUAAUGGUACCCAAUUUGUGUCAGGAGUAAUGAGGGAAGUGUCACGCUUACUUGGGGUUAAGCAGUUUCAAACAACUUCAUAUCACCCUAUGGCAAAUGGUGCCUGUGAAAGGUUCAACGGUACAUUGAAGCAAAUGCUUAGGAGAAUGUGCCAGGAAUGUCCUAGGGAUUGGGACAGGUAUUUACCAGCUCUCUUAUUUGCAUACCGCGAAGUUCCUCACGAGAGUUUAGGGUAUUCACCCUUCGAGCUAAUGUAUGGAAGGGCAGUUAGGGGUCCUCUAACGAUCUUGAAGGAAUUAUGGUCCGAAGAAAUAGCCGAAGGGGAUGUGAAAUCUACUUACCAAUAUGUUCUUGACUUACAGGACAGACUGGAGAUGACUUGUAAAGUGGCAAAGACUGAGCUUGAGAAGUCGUCGAGGAAAUACAAGAAGCAUUUCGAUGUGAAGGCUAGAGAGCGGAGAUUUGAGUGCGGCGAUCGGGUACUGUUACUGUUACUGUUACUCCCUACUAGUUCGAACAAGCUCUUGAUGCAGUGGAAGGGUCCGUAUGACGUAGUAAGCAAGGCUGCUCGCCACAACUAUGUGCUGCAGAUCGGCAAGAAGAGGAAGACCUUCCACGCUAACCUCAUGAAGCUGUAUGUAGAGAGAUUGCAGGAAGAGCAAGUCGACGACCUCGAGGAGAAUAUCGAUAACGUCGAGGAUGUUUACCAUGAUGUCAAGGAGGAUGACGACAAUAUCGAUAAGAAUGACCACGACGUUGAGGAAGAUGCCCAUCACGUAGGAGAUGAUGUACCUCUGGAAAUAGGUAAUGCAAUUCAAGUCAUUGUUGAUGACGACGAUAACGAGUAUGGUGAUGGUGUAUUAGGGCUUUCCUUCCCGUCAAUGGAGCAGACUGAAGGAGUUGAUGAUGUGAGGUUUGGUGAAGAAAUUGGUGAACUACAGCGAGCGAAAAUGGAGAAGCUUAUUCGAGAAUUCGCAGAUAUUAUGACAGAUGUACCUGGUCAGACGGACAUCAUCAGUCACAGCGUGAACCUGAGCACUCAAUCCUAUAUACGUUCGAGACCUUACCAAGUCCCACAAGCGCUUCGAGACACAAUCAAGGAAGAGGUCGACCUGAUGUUGAAGAUGGGAAUCAUCGAGAAGUCUACCUCUCCAUUCGCAUCACCCGUCGUCAUUGUACAGAAGAAGGACGGUAAGAAUCGUUUUUGUGUAGACUAUCGGAAGAUAAACGCCGUAACCGUGGUGGACAAUGAGCCCAUACCAAACAUGGAGGAGAUACUUGCAGAUGUAGGAGGGGCAAAGUUCUUUUCAAAGAUUGAUCUGUGCAAAGGAUAUUGGCAAAUAUCUGUUCAGGCAAAGGACAGGGAGAAAACUUCCUUUGUAACUCCGGAUGGCCAAUAUCAAUUCAGAGUCCUCCCGUUUGGCAUGGUUAAUGCCCCAGCUCUCUUCACGAGGAUGAUGAGAAUUCUACUUCACGGGAUACCACACGUCGUCAACUACAUAGACGAUAUCCUGAUCUACAGUUCUACGUGGAAUGAACAUGUCGAUGAUGUCAAGAGAGUACUUGCAGCACUUCGUGCCGCUAAUCUCACAGCAAGGCCAACCAAGUGCCACUUCGGUUGCACCACAAUCGAAUUCCUAGGACACAUGGUUGGUAAAGGUGAAGUCACACCUACUCAGGAAGGAGUCGACAAGAUACUCAAGGCGACGAGGCCGACGACUAAGAAGGAGGUAAGAGCUUUGAUAGGCCUAGCAAGUUAUUAUAGAAAGUUCAUUCCAAACAUGGCGGUAAUAGCUGCACCCUUGACAGACCUAACAAAGGACAAGGCAUCAAACAAGGUAAGUUGGGGUGAGGCACAAGAGACAGCCUUUCGGGUUCUGAAGGAACGUAUAGGCAAGUUUCCAAUUCUUCAUCUACCAGACUUCGCGAAGGAAUUUGUACUCCGUACGGAUGCUUCGGAUGUAGGUAUUGGUGCGGUAUUGUUGCAACCACAUGAAGAGGUGCUGUACCCAAUCCAGUUCGCAAGUCUCUAG